AUGCCUCCCAAAACAUUAAUGCAAAAACACCAUACGGGUCCAAUCGUUACAAAAUUUAAGUCUGAUAAAUUGAAGAGUGCUCAAAGAACAUACGGCAGUUUAUCUGCAAGAACGGUAUACAUUAAUGAAAACGACGAUGGAGACGUUGGAGAAUUAGAGAUGGUAAAGAAAAUGAAAGAAAUGUUACAGAUGAAAAAUCCAGAUGUACAACAGUUGACAUUAUAUUGGCGGAAAACAUUUCAAUUGAGACGUUUGUUCAUUCGUAACAUAGAAGAACAUUCAAUUGAAGCCGUUCUGGACGAAUAUCCGGGAUUUAACCCUUUGAGGACGGUGGGAUAUACGUUGUCCCACCUAUUUUACAUUCGUAAAAAUAUCGUUAAUCCACAUUGA